UUAUCUCGUUAUUGUCAUGUUGAAAUUAAUUGAUAUAUCUAUUGUACAACAAAAAAUGUGAACCGGUAUCAAUAUAUUAUAGAACAAAUCGAACGUUUAUCUGCUUAGUCCAAUAUGCACACAAACAGCUGAUCAACACAUAUGUAUUUCUUCUAGGUUAGCGGAGUUUCAUCAGACCGAUCGUGUGCUGCAUUUACGGUUAUAACCUCACAACGAAUUCUAAGUGAAUUGAAUGAACGAACGACAUUUACGCGAAUUGUGAGCCAAAUUCAGAACGAUGCGUUUCGUAACAGCGGUCAAUUUCAAGAUUUUGCCUGUUUUUCGACAUUGUGCGACAAAUGUUCGAUCCUUCUGCAGAAAUCGUCGUUUGAAUUAUCAUGAAUUGUCGACACGCGUAGAACCAUCACAAUUUAGGAGAACAGAGUUUUGUUUUGGGACAUUCGUUAGGAGUACUAAUAGCCAUCGACACACUGCAGCUAUAAUUUCAAUUAGAUCGUUCGCAUCUAGAAAACAUAGUGAUAAGGAUCCACCAAAUGAAAAUGACGGAGAACAGAUGGAAGAUCCAGCUUCUUUACCAGCUACUGUUGUUGUACCUGAAGUAUGGCCUCAUCUUCCUGUCAUAGCAAUUAAUAGAAAUCCAGUGUUCCCCAGAUUUAUAAAGCUUAUUGAACUUAGUAAUCCAAUCCUCAUGGAUUUAGUUCGUAGAAAAGUAAAAUUAAAUCAACCUUAUGUUGGAAUUUUCUUAAAGAAAACAGAAGAAAAUGAAGCAGAACUUGUACAAAGCUUAGAUGAUAUUUAUUCUGUUGGAACAUUUGCACAGAUACACGAAGUACAAGAUUUAGGCAAUCGAUUAAGAUUAGUUGUGAUGGCACAUAGAAGGAUUAAAAUUGUUGGUCAAAUUUUGGAAGAGAUUACUCCAAAAUCUACACAUGAGAUGAAACUGACGUUUCCGCUAUUAAAUACAACAAUUCACGUCCCUGUAGACGAUUCAGUAUCUGGUAGCAAACCGAGUCGUAGAUCGUUCAUACGUAAGAGCAGAAUAUCAGAAACGGAGAAAACCAAAAAAUUGGAGGAGACAAGUACUCCUGAAAGUAAAGUAUCAGAAAAGCCACCAGAAAACACGGAAGGAACAGUUAAUACAGGAGCAGAAUCUAAUCCUCAAGCUAGUUCUCAGCCAUUAUUAAUGGUAGAAGUAGUAAAUAUUACUCAUGAGAAAUUCAAGCAAACAGAAGAAAUUAAGGCUUUAACACAAGAAUUAAUUAAAACAAUUCGGGAUAUAAUAAGUAUGAAUCCAUUAUAUCGUGAGUCUUUGCAACAAAUGCUACACCAAGGUCAAAGAGUUGUGGAUAAUCCAGUUUAUUUGAGCGAUUUAGGUGCAGCCUUAACAGGAGCAGAUGCACAAGAAUUACAACAAGUGUUAGAAGAAAUGGAUAUUUUGAAAAGAUUAAGACUGUCGCUCGCGCUUUUAAAAAAAGAAUAUGAAUUAAGUAAACUUCAACAAAAAAUUGGCAAGGAAGUAGAGGAAAAGGUUAAACAGCAACAUAGAAAAUAUAUUCUUCACGAACAAUUGAAAGUUAUCAAAAAGGAAUUGGGACUAGAAAAAGACGAUAAAGACGCGAUAGGAGAAAAAUAUAGAGAACGAAUAAGGCAGAAAACAGUUCCGAAACCAGUAAUGGAUGUGCUCGAAGAAGAAUUAAAUAAAUUAAAUUUUUUGGAGAGUCAUAGUAGCGAAUUCAAUGUUACAAGAAAUUACUUAGAUUGGCUCACUUCUAUGCCUUGGGGUGUAACUAGUCCUGAAAAUUUAAAUCUUCAACAAGCGAUUGAGAUAUUGGAUAAAGAUCAUUAUGGAAUGGAAGACAUAAAGAAACGAAUUCUAGAAUUUAUUGCUGUCAGUCAAUUAAAAGGUUCAACACAAGGAAAAAUAUUAUGUUUCCAUGGUCCACCAGGCGUUGGAAAAACAUCGAUAGCCAAAUCGAUCUCUCGUGCACUUAAUAGAGAAUAUUUUAGAUUUAGUGUCGGGGGAAUGACAGAUGUUGCAGAAAUCAAAGGCCAUAGACGAACGUAUGUGGGCGCUAUGCCAGGAAAGAUUAUUCAAUGUUUGAAAAAAACAAAGACUGAAAACCCAUUAGUUCUCAUAGACGAAGUCGAUAAGAUUGGAAAAGGUCAUCAAGGUGAUCCAGCUUCCGCUCUUCUCGAAAUGCUGGAUCCAGAACAGAACGCAAAUUUCUUGGAUCAUUAUUUAGAUGUCGCCGUCGAUUUGUCGAAAGUUCUUUUCAUCUGUACAGCGAACGUGAUCGACACUAUUCCAGAGCCUCUUAGAGAUCGUAUGGAAAUGAUAGAUAUGUCGGGUUACGUUGCGGAAGAGAAGCUUGCAAUUGCUAAUCAAUAUUUAGUGCCCCAAGCUAUGACCGAUUCAGGACUAUCUAGCGAACAGAUUAAUAUAAACAACGACGCACUUAACUUAUUAAUUAAAUUUUACUGUCGAGAGUCAGGCGUAAGGAGUCUUCAGAAACAUAUAGAGAAAGUUCAUCGGAAGGUGGCGUUCAAAGUUGUAAAGAAAGAAGCAGAAAAAAUUGACGUAUCCUCAGAGAAUUUACACGAAUUUGUGGGGAAACCAGUGUUUACGCACGACAGAAUGUACGAGGUCACGCCCCCUGGGGUAGUUAUGGGUCUUGCGUGGACUGCUAUGGGAGGCUCCACGUUAUUCAUUGAGACGACAAUUAGAAAGCCUUUUGGUUCAAAAAAAUUGGAAGGUACCUUCGAAGUCACUGGACAUUUGGGUGAUGUAAUGAAAGAAUCUAUCCAAAUAGCAAUGACAGUGGCGAGGAAAUUCUUGAACCAAGAAGAUCCAUCUAACACUUUCCUGUACGAUGCUCAUUUGCAUUUGCAUGUGCCCGAGGGUGCAACUCCGAAAGAUGGCCCUAGCGCAGGGAUUACUAUUGCAAUAGCAUUAAUUUCACUCGCUAAAAAUAAAGCAAUUAGACAGAACGUUGCCAUGACGGGAGAACUUAGUCUUAUAGGAAGAGUUCUUCCUGUCGGUGGUAUUAAAGAGAAAAUAAUUGCUGCGAAACGAGUUGGUGUAAACUGUGUAAUUUUACCCGAAGAAAAUAAGAAAGAUUACAACGACCUACCUAAAUAUAUCACGGAUGGUCUCGAAGUUCAUUUUGCUACGACUUUUGAGGACGUGUAUCGUAUAUGUUUUGCAGGAGAGCAGGACUCUGAAAAUCUACGCCACCAAAAUCCCAUAGAUUUUAAUGUUCCGGCUUCACAAACUGCGCCGCUUCUAGGUAAAAGUGACGAUUGUACUUGUUAAAAGCUAAGUACUUAUGUAAUGUAAAGAAAAAUUAUAUACAAUUGAAUAUGCACAUGGUCCACUUGAAACCAUUGGACUUUAAAAUCUAUUUUAAUACGUACUAUUGUAUAUAAUACUGUUAAAAUGAAUG